AUGGACACGCCUCUUGUCUCCAGUCAUCCUAAAUCCAAUAGCCCAAACGGAAAGAUACCGACAUCAUAUGAAAGCAUUUCUAAGAGCAGACAAAUGUUUAUUCAUACGAAGACAUAACCUGAAACCUGGCAUACGACACACGGCUCCAGCAUUAUCAUCUGAUUGCAGGGAUGACAUCUGGCCAGUGAUGCAGUGGGCAGAAUGCAUGCAGCAUCAUUUGUCACAGAGGAAGGGCUGAAAGGGACAGCUCGAGAUUUUUUGGGCUAAAUAAAUCCGGCCUGUUAUCUUUAUUUAUUUAUUUAUUUAUAUUGCAGUGGGACUAUGUCGUUCUUCGGUGUUUAUACUCGUAAGAAGAGAUACGAAUGAAAUCGUAUUGGAAUUAUAAAUAAGAGCAAACAGACGCAACACGUUGUUGGCUGGUCAUCAGGGGCUCAAGGUGUCAUUCAGUCUUCAUUCAUGGGAUGACGUCUCAGCGCGUGUUCUGUCACAUCACCCCCUGCCCCAUCUCCGGUGUCCCUCUCAUCCGUCCAUCUGUGGGGUCCUGACGCCAGCAGGGGCUCAUGAGACGCUUUGUAUACUGUAAGGUGGUGUUGACCACCUCUCUGGUCUGGGUGCUAGUGGACGUCUUUCUGCUGCUCUACUUCAGCGAGUGUAACAAAUGUGACAACAAGAAGGACCACUCGCUCCUGCCUGCACUCAGAGCGGUGAUGUCCCGCACCCAUGAGGCUCCAGGAGAAAUGGGGAAGGCUGUGAUAAUUCCCAAAGAAGAGCAGGAGAAGAUGAAAGAGCUCUUUAAAAUCAAUCAGUUCAACCUGAUGGCCAGUGACAUGAUUGCACUCAACAGGAGUCUACCAGAUGUCAGGCUGGACGGCUGUAAAACGAAGACAUACCCUGACGACCUUCCAAACACCAGCAUUGUGAUUGUGUUUCAUAACGAAGCAUGGAGUACACUUCUAAGAACCAUACACAGCGCAAUAAACCGCUCGCCCAGGCACCUGCUGCUCGAGAUACUGCUGGUGGAUGAUGCCAGCGAAAGAGAUUUUCUAAAGAAAAAACUAGAGGAUUAUGUUGCGACUCUGGAGGUUCCAGUGCGAAUUUUGAGGAUGGAACAGCGAUCCGGUUUGAUUCGAGCACGGCUAAGAGGGGCGGCCGCUACACGGGGACAGGUCAUCACCUUCCUGGAUGCCCACUGUGAGUGCACUAUAGGGUGGCUAGAGCCACUGCUGGCCCGCAUCAAAGAGGACAGGAGGGCUGUGGUCUGUCCAAUCAUUGAUGUCAUCAGUGAUGAGACAUUCGAGUACAUGGCCGGCUCAGAUAUGACCUAUGGGGGAUUCAACUGGAAACUCAACUUCAGAUGGUAUCCAGUUCCACAGAGAGAGAUGGACCGACGCAAGGGAGACAGAACCCUUCCUGUUAGAACUCCCACAAUGGCAGGAGGUCUGUUCUCUAUUGACAGAACUUAUUUUGAAGAGAUUGGCACCUAUGAUUCAGGCAUGGACAUAUGGGGAGGGGAAAAUCUAGAGAUGUCUUUUAGGAUCUGGCAGUGUGGAGGAUCUCUAGAGAUAGUCACAUGCUCUCAUGUCGGACAUGUGUUCCGGAAGGCCACACCAUACAGCUUCCCUGGUGGAACUGGUCAGGUGAUCAACAAGAACAACAGACGAUUGGCUGAAGUCUGGAUGGAUGAGUUCAAAGAUUUCUUCUACAUCAUCUCACCAGGUGUGGUUCGGGUGGAUUAUGGGGAUGUUUCUGCUCGGAAGGCUUUGAGGGAAUCUUUGAAGUGUAAACCCUUCUCAUGGUACCUGGAGAACAUCUAUCCUGACUCUCAGAUUCCACGCAGAUACUACUCACUUGGGGAGAUCAGAAAUGUUGAGACAAAUCAGUGUGUGGAUAACAUGGGCCGUAAAGAGAAUGAAAAGGUUGGCUUCUUCAACUGUCAUGGAAUGGGUGGCAACCAGGUGUUCUCAUAUACGGCGGACAAAGAGAUCCGAACUGAUGAUCUCUGUCUGGAUGCUUCACGACUUAAUGGACCUGUUGUUAUGCUGAAGUGCCACCACAUGAAAGGCAACCAGAUGUUUGAAUAUGAUGCAGAGCGACUGACUCUACUUCAUGUGAACAGUAACCAGUGUCUGGACAUGCCUUCUGAAGAGGAUAAGAUGGUUCCCACUCUCAGAGACUGUAGCGGCAGGCGAUCACAGCAGUGGAUUCUGAGGAACAUGACGCUAAGUGUCUGACAGAGCCAGCAACAACCAUUUCAGACCUGAAUCUCGGCACACACCACACAGCACGAGACCUGAAGUUGAGGUUUAUGGCCUUGUGAACUGUUAUUUUCUGGUUCAUGAUCAAGUUCAGCUAGGCUUUGAUCAGGAGAACCACACACAGCCCAUUUGCUGACCCAUUUGUGGCAAGGCUUGUGUCUCUAUUCAUGUCUGGACUGCUUCCUUUAGCUCUCAGAUUCACUGGUUUGGGGUCAGAUCACAGCCAAUGACCAGCUCUUUAAACCAGCGAGGUUUAAAUGCUUGCUGUCUCCGAUCUGAGCAUGUGUCACUGGCUAUCUAUGCUGCUCAUCCUGUGUGGGAGUACUGGUGCCUCUUAAUAUCCUACACAUCAUAUCUUUGACAGUAGCACAUAUGUUUCUUCAGAGAUGGUGCGGUUGUGUCAUCUUCCACUGUGCUGAAGUGCAUUUAACUCUGAGCAGAAGUUUAACUCAGCUUUGCUUUCUUUACAGCACCUGAAGGGAUUGUGUGUUGGUCAGGGGAUUGUACACAAAUUGUAUUACUUGCUGCUGUUUCUCAAAACUAUUUUGAUCUCUUUUAGUAAGGCUGCAAUAUAUGCUCAACCUGCCUUAAAGAGAUAGUUGCCCAAAAAUGAAAAUCCUGUCAUUUACUCAAGAUGUUCUAAACCUUUCUGAGUUUCUUUUUUUUUUUUUCUUCUUCUUCUUCUUCUUCUUCUUCUUCUUCUUCUUUUUUUUUUUUUUUUUUUUGUUGAACAUGAAACUGGCACAUUAUAGGUAACCUGAAUUGUUUAAACUUUGAAUGUCUUAACUUGAUGUAGUAAAAAAAAAAAAAAAUAAAUAAAUAGGGGAAUAAUAAUAUCGAUGUCAAUGGCUCCAGCAACUGUUUGGUUAUGAACAUUCUUCAAAAUAUGUUCUCUUAAGAUAAAGAUACUCAUACAGGUUUGGAACAGCAUGAGGGUUAAUAAAAGAUGGCAACAUGUCCAUUUUUGGGUGAGCUAUCCUUUUAAGAAAACUAGAUUGGAAAACCAUGUAGACAGCCAAAAAAUAAAAAAUAAAAAAUUAACAGCUCGUCAUUCAUUCAUUCAUUCAUUCAUUCAUUCAUUCAUUCAUAAACUGCAUUUUGAAUAGCAUUUCAUCAUACCACAUAUUUCAUUUUUUUUGUGUUAUAUCUGUUUAAUCAAUUUAGUUGCAUAAUACGAUCUUUUGUACAUUUUGUACGAUUGUACGUUUUCAUAGUAAAUUGUAUUAUUCACGCUUUAUUUUUAUUAUUUCACAUUUCAUCAGGUUUUUAAGAAAAAAAAGUGGCAAUAGUAAGAAAGUGUAGUCUAUUUUUAGGACUUAUUUUUCAUUUUAAUGAGCUACUAAAAUGUCAAUUCAAUUCUUAAUUAUUCAAAUUAUUUUUUAUUAUUAUUAUUAAUAUUAUUAUUAUUACUAUUAUUAGAAUUUAUAUUAUUUUGAGGUAACAUAAGAAGUGGAAACUUCUGUUCUUACCCAUUAUGAGUUUGUUUUAUUUUUAUUAUUAAAUAAUUUCUAGAAAAUCAUCUGUGUUAUUUUGUGUCAACAUGCAAUCAUUUUAUAAAAAAUUUGGGUGUAAAAAAAAUGUAGGCAGCAGCAUCUUACAGGUAAAACUAAAACAAAUCAUUCAAAGCCUCACCUUCAUCAUCUUCAUAAUACAGCUUUCACAGAUGGAUGGAUCCUGGCCACACAUCUGUACUAAUUAUGAACUAGGCCUUUUUGAGCAUUGCUGUACAUAUUAAAGCAAAUAUUUUUUUAAUAUGAAAUUUAAACUCCAGUGGAAAAAUUAUGAGUAACAUUGCUUGGUGUAUAUAAAAUAUGUUUGAAAAAUACUGUACAGCUCUAUGCAUUGCUACUAUAUGUACACAUCUAAUGCAUCCACCAUGUUCUGUCAAUGUAUUAUCAAUGUCUGUUUAAUGCACAAAAAACAUUAAUAUUAAUUCUUGAAUGGAGGUUUAAGGAUUUGUGAUCUGUGUCUUGAUUAUUUGAUCAUUUUGUCAUGCAUAUGUUUAAUCCAUUCACAAAAUGAAUGAAUUUAGUUAAAACUGCACACAAUUUAGAGCAGUCUUAUAAAAGCAUAUCUCAAUAAUAGAAUUAGAGCUAUUCGACAUUAUUAUCAUCACAUGCAUGUUACAGUCUGUACAUUUCUGUAUUUUUUUUUAAGUUCAUAGAAACUGAAAAUGUGUGACUUUGUACUGGUCUUAAUGUGAACUGUUUGUACUUUUCGUUUUUUAAGUCUCAACUGACCUCAUGUUUAAUAGAUUAAUAUAAUACAACUGUUAACUCUAAUAAACCAUUGUUGUUGAAUGUA